GCUCUGUGGUUGAGGCGACGGGAAGCGUCUGGAGUUUCCACCGCUCUGCAGCUCCGCAGCUCGGCUCUGAUCUCCGCGGCUCCCGCCAUGACUGUACAGCAGUGUGUGUGGGUCCUGGUACUGGCUGUUGCAGUGGGGGUCUAUUUUAUCCCCUCACCAAUAGACCCUGAACCAUUUAUAUUUGAGGGGCCACCGCCGGCUCUGGAAGGUCCUCUGGCGGUCAACACGAGGUUACAGAGAGGACGAAGACUGUUUGCUGGACAGCUCAAAGGCCCGGAGUCUUUUACUGCAGAUCAGAAUGGGAACGUGUACACGGGCACAGUGGAUGGGAAGCUUUGGAGGAUCAAUAAUGAAACCCUGACGUUCAUCACUCAGAUGGGCCAGAAUCUUCCAGAAUGUGGCACCAGUACAGACUACGAGCCUGUGUGUGGUCGACCUCAUGGGCUGCGGCUGGACCGUCACGGACAGCUUAUAGUGGCCGACUCGUACUUCGGCCUGUUUAAGGUGGAUCCCUGGACAGGACAGAAGACGCUGCUUCAUUCCAGCAAAGAAGGUGCUGAUGGAAUCCCUUUUGGCUUUCUGAAUGGGCUGGAGAUCUCUAAAAAUGGAACUGUGUUCUUUACGGACUCCAGCAGUAGAUGGGGUCGGCGGCACGUUCGUUAUGAGGUCCUGGAGACUAACCGUCUGGGUCGCCUGCUGUCUUAUGAUCCUGAGUCUGGGAGCGUUCGGACCCUGCUGGACUCUCUCUACAUGCCUAACGGCUUUGCCUUCUCAGCUGAUGAAGACUUUCUGCUGCUGGCUGAGACCAGCAUCGGCCAUAUCAGCAGGUUCUGGCUAAAAGGACAUAAAGCUGGAACAAAGGAGACUGCCAUGAACAAUAUGGUUGGCUAUCCGGACAACAUCCGCAUCAGUGACCAUGGCACAUUUCUAGUGGGCAUUAACACUGUCCGUUUCCGUGGUCGACUCCUCCCACCUUUCCUGGACCUGCUCGCACCCUAUCCAGCUCUCAAGCGCUUUGUGGUCAAGGUAAUUCCUCUGGGCUGGUAUGAUGCUCUGCUGCCCUCCUAUGGCCUGGUUCUGGAGCUGGGGCCCGACGGACAGCUGCUGGACAGCCUGCACGACCCCACAGGCACUCUGACCUGGGCUAUUAGUGACGUCUUCCAGCAGAGGGGGAUCUACUAUCUGGGCAACACUGACCUUCCCUUCCUGGCAGUCCUGGAUCAGUGGAGCUGAUACUGGAGUGAAGCGUUCUACUGCUGGUGAAAAUCUCGGGAAUACUGGGAAUGUUAUGAGAUGUCCAUUUUUCAACUGACACUGGAAUAUGACACUGCACCGUAUACUCGGUGAUGCAUGUAAUAAAAGGACUGAAUUGCAGCUACAGAACGAACACUAGAAUGAAGAAUAUUGAAGAUAAGCACAAACAAUAGGAUGUAGGACCAGGGCUAUAUGCUGCUAUGAGGCCCCUGCCUAGAGAAGAGCACUGGUUGGUAUUUUAACACUGUUCUGUUGUCUUGUGUGAAACUUCAAUAUUUGGCUCAGUGGUGUUGACUUUUAGUGUGGACUUUAGGUUUUAUGAUGAUUCAUUGUUCUGUACUCGGUCAAGCAGCUGGAAUAGAGUUUCACAUUCCUGCUGGAACCCGCCCCCCUAAGUGCCAAACCAUUGAGUGUUUCUAAUGCCAGGUUCACCAUACAGGAUUUUUUUUUUAGUGGUCAGGUCCAGGGGCCUCAUUAUAAAACUCUGUGUACAGAGUACAUUUUUAAAACUCUGUGUACUGCAUAAACACUUGGUGUAGUGCCGCAUUUAUAAAACUCUACGCACAAAAAACAGGAAAUGGUGUAAGCCCAGAAAAUUCAGAAUACUACUGCUACUACUACUAGAGGUGGGCGAUACCGGGAAUUUUGGUAUCGAUCCGAUACCAAGUAAACGCAGGGCCAGUAUUGCCGAUAUCGAUACUGAUACCAAUACUUUUUAAUAUUUAAGCUUUAUAGAUCCAAAUGAUCCAAAAACCUAGGAUAUAAUUUCACCAAACAUUGUAAGUGAUAACAAAAUACUUUAGUAUCACAAUCAACAUUUUUUGUUUAGAAACAAUGGAACAGUAACAAAACAAAGUUUAAAUAUAAAAUAAAAAAAUAAAAUAAAAAUUCUCCCCUCACUAGACAUCUUUUCUAGUUCUUUGUUUCUUUUUUUAAUAGAAUUGUCAUUUGGAAAAACAAUAAAAAAUAAGGAAUUGUCUUCCUUUCAGUGCAAUUCAAAUGCAAGUUUUUCUUAAAUAAACAGAGUGUAAAAAAAUAUCACUCAACACAAAUCUCCUGAGGUAGAGGCGUGUCGACUCGAGGAGAGCGCUGAGUGGGCGGGGCCAGGCUGAGCCUACCUGCAUGGCGGUUUGGCUGGCUUUGCUGAGCCAUGUGACGCAUGUGCAACAACAAGAGACCAGAGAGUAGACUGUGGUGAAUCUCGUGCGAAGCAGUCAGUGCGUGCGGCAGAGAAAAAAAGCUUGAAUAUCGAUAUUUUUACACGAGUAUUGCUCAAUACCAAUACCAGCGUUGGUAUCGAUAUUAUCGAUAUUUGGAUCGAUCCGAACACCUCUAGCCUCUACUGCCUCUGCAAGCGCAGGCAAGAUGGCAGCUUCCAUUUCGGCCAUAUUUUGGCUUUAAAACGCCUUAAUGAGAGUAAAUUGGGACCGUCCAGUCCAUACUUUUAUACAGUCAAUAAUCACAACCCAAACUCCACAACGCGCCAAGCAGCACAUUUUUAGUUGCUGCGGAAGCACAGCUCAUUUAGGCUCAGCUCAGCUCACCUCAGGACUUGUUGUGCUACUAAGAUAUAAGGCAGUGUGAGGUUGGUGGAUGGUGGCAGUCGCUGUGCUGGGAGAGUGGAGGUUCUUCAUAGAGGGCAGUGGGGAACAGUGUGUGGUGAUGACUGGGAUAUGAGUGAUGCUGCAGUGGUGUGUAGAGAGCUGGGCUGUGGAGAAGCUGUAGAUGCACUGGGCAAAUCUCAUUUUGGAUCAGGAUCAGGACCAAUCUGGAUGGACGAUGUGAACUGUAGUGGAUCAGAGUCUAGACUGAAGAACUGUAGAUCACCAGUAUGGGGUAAACAUGACUGCAAUGAAACCCACAAUUCUGGAGUCAUCUGUUCAGGCAAGCUACACUAUGUUCAUAUAAUAUGUGCACUGUAUUGAAUAGUUACAUUGUGUGUCUGUGCUGUCUGACUUUCAUUUAUUAAACCCUGUUGUUAUCUCAUUGUUUAUGCUCUUGUGAUAUUUUAGGAGCCAGGCUGGUUUUAGGUUCUCACUGCUCUGGGAGAGUGGAGGUUCUUCAUGGAGAGAGCUGGGCCACAGUGUGUGAUGCUGACUUUAACCAGCAGGAUGCAGAGGUUGUGUGUCGAGAGCUGGGCUGUGGUUCUCCUGUGAAGGUUCUGGGAGCAGCUGCGUUUGGUAGAGGGGAGGGUCCGGUGUGGUCAGAGGAGCUUCAGUGUAGAGGAAACGAAUCGCAGAUUCACUUCUGUCCAAAAUCAUCUUCACUCAAACACAACUGCUCCCAUGAUAAUGAUGUGGGACUGGUGUGUUCUGGAGUCCGGGUGGUUGGUGGUUCUCACUGUUCUGGGAGAGUGGAGGUUCUUCAUGGAGAGAGCUGGGUCACAGUGUGUGAUGCUGACUUUAACCAGCAGGAUGCAGAGGUUGUGUGUCGAGAGCUGGGCUGUGGUUCUCUUGUGGAGGUUCUGGGAGCAGCUGCUUUUGGUAGAGUGGAGGGUCAGGUGUGGUCAGAGAAGCUUCGGUGUAGAGGAACUGAAUCUCAGAUUCACUUCUGCCAAAAUCAUCUUCACUCAAACACAACUGCUCCCAUGAUAAUGAUGUGGGACUGGUGUGUGCAGACAGUGUGAGGUUGGCGGAUGGUGGCAGUCGCUGUGCUGGAAGAGCAGAGGUUUUUCACAGAGGACAGUGGGGAACAAUUUGUGGUGCUGGUGCAAAUUUCAUAGCGGGUUUUGUCAUGUGUAAAGAGUUGGGCUGUGGAGAGCCGUUUAGGACUGAUGCAGCUGUUCCAGGAUCUGCACCGAUCUGGAUGAGUCACGUGAAGUGUACUGGAUCAGAGUCUACACUGAAACACUGUGGAUCAUUAGGGUGGGGUGAACACAGCUGUAAUCAUAAUAUGGAUAUUGAGCUUACCUGUUCAGGUAUGUUUUAAUUAGACAAAAACUGUAAUACGUACGUAUUACAUGUAUUACAUUUGUGAACUUCCUGAGAAUGUUUCGACACAUCAUAGACAAAAUCAAAUCAGAGAUCAUAUGAUGGAAUGUCACUGUUUUGUAUACCUAUUCCGUAUUAAAUAUUCUAUUACAUAGUAAAUUCUGACAGUUACAGCUAAUGUGAGAAGCAGUGAUGUUUUUUUUAACAUUUGCUUUGACUUUUAUUUAAUUGCUGAAAAUAUUAACCCAAGAUAUUGUCUAGUCAGUUUCAUUUUGUUUGAUAAAAUUUAAUUUAAUAAAAAAGGGUCUGCAGUACUGAUUUGCUAGAGCACAACAUUUGUUUUCAAAAUUAUAACCUGAAUGAAACAAAAUGCAUUAGUCCUUUC